AUGGAAUUGACAAAUGAAUUGUUGUAUGAUAAUAAACUAUUUAAAUUAGAAGAUAUAUACAGAAGAUAUAAUUCUAUUCAUUAUUAUUUAAAAAAAAAUGAUAUAGUUACUGCGUUGGCUGAGAUUAGAAAAGGAACAUCCCCCCUUAUAAGAGAUGAAUGUAAUAGAACUGCUUUAGAUUUGGCCAUUAUUUUAUUUAUGAGAAAAUUUCAUGAAUCAAUUUUUACAUCUUUUAUAACGGAUUUUAUAUAUAAAAAUAUUAGUGAAAAGUCAAAAAUGGAAUUUGUAUAUAAUAAAAAAGGAGAAAUAAUAAAUUAUGAUGAAAAAAUGUUUUAUCGUUAUGAUGAAAUAUUAGAAGAACUAAAAAAAAAUAAGAAAGCAAAUAAAAAUAAUAUAAAAAAUAAUAAUGAUGAUAAUGCUAUGUCAUGUCUAUUACUACAAAAAAAAAUAAAAUAUUCUCCUUUAUUAAUAAAGUAUUAUGAUGAUUCAAAACGUAUCUCCGAGUCAAGAUAUAAAAAAAAGGAUUUAUUAUUUUUAUUUGAAGAAGUGUUAACUACGCCAAUUUCUAAAAAUGUUCAAGCACAAUUAGAUGAAAUACUAAGAAAGAUGAAUGCUCUCUUAUUUUUUAUAAAAUCAUUAAGCAAAAAUGUUAUAUUAAAAAAAUAUUCAGAAUCUGUUAUUAAAGAAGAAAUUUCAAGUUUGUCUUUUCCUUUUCUAUAUAAUACUACUAUUCAUACUCUUUUUAGACUUUUUCCUUUAAAUCAUUAUAAUGAAAAAUGGGAUAUAAAAAAUCCUGCUGAUUCAAGAAGAUUAGUCAAUAAAAUCCUUUCAAAAGACUUAAUAGGAAAUGAAAUAAUUAAAUUUAUUGGAAAGUCUUUAUAUUACUUUUCUAAUGUACUUCAAAUAUAUAACCCAAAAGUAUUUCAACAAGAUCCUAUAAUUUCACAAUAUUUAUUACAUAUGUCUUUUACAUUAGAUAAUGAAUACCUUUUUAAUGUUAUAAUUAAUAAAAAUAAUGUUUUUGAUAAAAUUGAUUUAUUUCACUGGGAUGAAUUAAUAGAUUCUAUAUCACCUUAUAAAAAAAAAUUUCAAUCCUAUUAUAAACCUUUAAUUUAUGCUAGAUUAAAAAAGGCAUUUUUAGAUAGGUUAGAACAAGAUUUUUAUGAAGAUAAGAAAAAGAAUAUUAGAAAUCAUAACAACAAAGAUACUUCGAAAUAUAUAACAGAUGAUUUAAAUUCAACAUUUCGAAUGUUGAAGAUAUAUGAGGAUAUUUUGAAUGCUUCUAACUAUAAGGAACUAGAAAAAGUUAUAAAAAAGAAAUUUUUUAAAACAGAAGAAAAUAAAAAAAAAAAAAAAAAAAAAAAGAGAGAAGAAAUAAAAAUAUAA